AUGUCGCGAGGAAGCAGUGCAGGUUUCGAUAGGCACAUUACUAUCUUCUCGCCAGAAGGCAGGUUGUACCAAGUGGAAUAUGCCUUUAAAGCUAUAAACCAAGCAGGUCUAACCUCAGUGGCUGUGAAAGGGGUUGAUACGGCUUGCUGUGUCACCCAGAGGAAGAUUCCCGAUAAGCUCAUAGAUGCUGGAACGAUCACCCAUUUGUUCCAACUUACUGAUAACUCUGGCUGUGUGAUGACUGGCAUGAUCGCGGACAGCAAGUCUCAGGUCCAGAGAGCCAGAUAUGAAGCUGCUCAGUUCAAGUAUAAAUACGGAUAUGAAAUGCCCAUUGAUACAAUGUGUAGGAGAGUAGCUGAUAUAUCACAGGUUUAUACACAAAAUGCUGAAAUGAGACCACUAGGGUGUUCAAUGGUCUUGAUUGGCUAUGAUGAUGAGCUAGGACCAUGCGUCUACAAGGCAGACCCUGCAGGCUACUAUUGUGGCUACAGAGCAGUGAGUGUAGGUGCGAAACAGACUGAGGCUAAUAGCUAUCUAGAGAAAAAAUUGAAGAAAAAGCAGGAUCUUCAACAUGAUGAUGUUAUCCAACUUGCUAUCAGCUGUUUAUCUAGUGUACUAUCAGUUGAUUUCAAACCAACAGAGAUUGAAGUAGGUGUUGUUUCUGCAGAUAAUCAUAAGUUCAGGAAACUGACUGAGCAAGAGAUUGACAGACACCUGACUGCAAUUGCUGAAAAGGAUUAG